UUCAAGCUGUGAAAAAUGCAGGUGGUUUGUUUAUUUAGGAAAUUUGGUGUAAAGAUGGAAUUUUUUCAUCAUUUUCUAUCACUUUGAUUGAUUGCUCUAAAAAGAAAGGUUUUUUUUUUAGAUUUUGGGGUUUGAAGAAGCAAGAAUUGGGAAAGGAGUAUGAAAAUGCAUGUGGUUUAUUUAUUUUAGGAAAUUUGAGAAUAUAUGGAUGAAGAAAAAAAAUUGGGAAAGGAGAGUGAAAAUGCAGGUGGUUUAUUUAUUUUAGGAAAUUGAUUUUAAAGGUGGAUUGAUUUUUCCAUUUUAGAUCAGUGUGAUUGUCAUAAAAAGAAAGGUUUUUUCAGAUUUUUGGGGCAAAUAUGGAUCACAAAAUAGCAUAAGGCUGCUGAAGAAACAAGAAUUGGAGGAGUAUGAAUCUGGAGUUUGGGAUGCAGCAGAGUGAUGGAGUGGAAAAUUGGGAGGAUUUGCUCGGGCUCUACACCGAUGUUUUGCAGGAUGGAUGGGGCCAGGGGGAGAGUGUUGGGCCAGCUGGUGUGGCUUUUGGUGAGACGGGGAAUGAGACGCGUGGUGGCUCGACUGGGCUAUCCGGGGCAGAUCAGUGGAGCCGUGGCGUUGAGGAUGUUGGAAAUGUGGUUCUUCCUAGAAAAGUUGAGUCUUUGGAAGAAUUGUUGGGUAAGGUUGUAGAAAAUCAGGAUAUUGGUGGUUACAAUCUGCAGCAAAUGCAAAGUAGACUUUUGGUGGAUAAAAGACCAAGCGACGGCCUAAGCUUACCGCGAAGUUCAGAAGACGGGGACUCCACGAGCGUGAGUCGGCCUUUCCAUCUCAGACCAGCAACACCGGAUCACCAUAGCCUACUGAAGAACAGCCAGAACAGCCAGCCGCAACAUCUGUCAACAGAAGAAAACUGUAAGAAGUCUAUGCUGCCUCAACAAGCUGAAACUGGAGAGAGAGAGCACGACGAUUUCGUCUCCGAUGCCCUGAGUUCAGCGUCUCCUGACGCUUCAACGACAGAGGAGAAGCGAAAUCCAGUUGGUGGAAACAACGGAGGAGAGUUUUGUAACGAAACACCACCUCAGAAGACACCAAAGAGGAGAAAGCACCGGCCGAAGGUAGUGAGGCCAGAGAAGCCUAAACUAACUCCAAAGCCCGUGGCAAAAGAAAACAAGACCCCCGGUGGAGAUCCUCCCACCAAAAGGAAGUAUGUGCGGAAGAAAGACAUUAAAGGCUCGACAAAUCAAGGGAAAUCGUGUAAGAGAUCGUUAAAUUUUGACUUGGAGGACGAAGUCGGAAAGAAAUCUAAGCGCAAAGAGUUUGACCACCGCGAUGAUAGUCAUACGGGCAGUGAGGCUGUGCAUCAAAACAUUAGCAGAGAGCAGACACAAAUGGAGCAAACGUUUGUAGGAAAAAUCCCGCCUCAAGAGUCACUGGCAUUCGCAGCCACAGUCCCGACAGCCUCAUCGAAAGGCCACACUCUUAAUGCCAUUGCAAGGAGUUUGAAUGCGCGAAGUACUAAUCCGGGUGCACAAAGGCAGGUAUACAGUCAUUCAAGUGGCGGCUUUAGUCAGCUUCUUAUUCUAGCAAACACCCGACAGCAAAACAUGGAUGGACUGAGGCAUCCGGGACUUCAAAAUACGCCUCAACUUCCGUGGGAAUUGGUAGGUAACAGGGAGGAAAAGCAACCCGAAAGAGCAUAUUCCUACACUGCGCCAACACAACCCCGGAUUGUCAGUUCCCGUGGAAGCCACUUUAACGAACAAAGCAUGACACCGUGGCAAGAUUUUGCAAAGAUGAAUGGGCUCAGAAUGCCUUCUGCUGAAAAUUUCUCCGAACAAACUGUAGGCCCGAGCAGGAGCAUUCAUGGCCAUACAUACAGACCGCGCACGAAUGCUGGAUUGCCAUAUUUUGGCAUUGAAGAAAUAACCAAAUUGAUGAAUCCAACGUACGAAGCCAACAAGGCCACCCGCCAUUGGCGCGUGGAUUCCAUCGGUUCUGGACUCCGGUUUCAGAAGCAAAUGUCCACUUUUAACCGAGGCCCUGAAGUUGGAAAAAGAAAGGAGAUGGCGGCUGCAUUUGCUCGCGUGUCAGCAAAGAGGCAUUACAUCAGAAAGACGCCACCAAACAAAAUGUCGCGUACAAAUAGAGUAGUACAGCAGGAGACGAAUGUCUCGGGCGCACGCGAACAUAAGAGAAUCAUAUUGGCAGUUGACGAUAUAACAGAAGGCAUGAAAAGGCUACAGAUCAGUACGGGAGAGGAAAAUGCUCUCGUUCCGUACGCAGGAGAUGGUGCUGUGGUUCCAUAUGAGGCGGUCAAGAAACGGAGGCCACGUCCCAAAGUGGACCUUGAUCAAGAGACGAAUAGGCUAUGGAACCUGUUAAUGGGCAAUGAAGGAAGUGAGAAUGCGGACACCAUGGACGAGGAUAAUCAGAAGAAAUGGGAUGAAGAACGAAGAGUCUUCCGUGGUCGUGUGGAUUCAUUUAUAGCCCGGAUGCAUCUUGUUCAAGGCGAUAGACGAUUCUCCAAAUGGAAAGGUUCAGUCGUUGACUCGAUAAUUGGAGUAUAUCUCACUCAAAAUGUCUCGGAUCAUCUUUCGAGCUCGGCUUUCAUGUCUCUUGCAGCCAAGUUUCCUGUCAAGUUGACUAGAGAUUCAUCGUGCCAAAACGCGGGAAAACCAUCAACUGAAUAUGUGGUCCGCGUAACGCAUCCUGAUGGAACGACUUGUCAUCAACGAAUGACAAGGGAGCCAGUUUACGAUCACAAAUCAUCUGAACACGGUUCAGAAGAAGUUCCUCCAGGCAAAGAGGCCAGGAUAACAGAAGAAUGUAUUGCUUCGUCACAAACUUCUUCAGGCUCCGUGAGUUUCCAAGCCUCGGAGGAUAUCAGAUCAAGCUCGGGAUCAAAUUCUGAAGCCGAGGACCAAGCAACUGGGAGCAAUUUGCAUCGACCUUUGUACCUCUUCGAAGAGGCUGGAGGAAUAGCAGAGCUCCAGAAAAAUCAGAUGCCAGAAAUGGGAGUUUCAUAUCCGGACAAGAUUCUCCCGAACGAUCAUCGGGAAUACGAAAAGGAAUGCACCUCUUCCUUAAGUUCUACACUUUGUGAUACGACACACGGAGCAGUCGUAGAAGAGUUGCAUAAUAAAUCAGCCGAAGCAAUCGGGCAAAACCCCACAGGUAAUCGAAAACUCUAUGCAGAUAGCACACUUGAGCCGACCGAGACGAAGACAGUCCACGCUUCUGAUGAACAAUCAACAAAUGCAACUGCGAGAAAGCAGAAAAGCGAGAAGGAGAAGGAGAAGGAGAAGGAAAAGGAAAAGCCAAUUGACUGGGAUUCGUUAAGAAAGCACGUGCAAUCAACGGGCGGUAAGGGAGGAAGAAGCAGGGACACAAUGGACACUCUGGACUAUGAGGCCUUACGAAAAGCUGAUGUCCGUGAGAUCUCUAGCACUAUAAAAGAAAGGGGAAUGAAUAACAUGCUAGCAGCACGAAUCAAGGAAUUUCUCGACAGACUCGUUAAAGAUCACGGAAGCAUUGACCUGGAAUGGCUGCGAGACGCUCAGCCAGACAAAGUCAAGGAUUACUUACUGAGUAUACACGGGUUGGGGCUGAAAAGUGUGGAGUGCAUACGCCUCUUAACGCUUCACCAUCUAGCUUUUCCGGUUGACACGAACGUUGGACGAAUUGCUGUCCGGCUUGGCUGGGUCCCACUUCAACCGCUCCCGGAGUCUCUACAGUUGCAUCUUCUUGAACUGUACCCGAUGCUGGAAUCGAUUCAGAAGUAUCUUUGGCCUCGACUCUGCAUGCUCGAUCAAGAAACCUUGUACGAGCUACAUUACCAACUGAUAACAUUCGGGAAGGUUUUCUGCACAAAGAGGCAACCAAAUUGUAACGCAUGCCCGAUGAGAGGAGAGUGCCGUCAUUUCGCCAGCGCUUUUGCCAGUGCAAGGCUUGCUCUUCCGGGGCCAGAAGAGAAACGCGUGGUCUGUUCAGACGUUUCAACGGAUCCCAGUCACAGUUGUGGCGUAGUUGAAAAGCCUAUGUUCUUACCUCCGCCCGAGGAUCACAUGGGAGGUGGUGCAGGGUUCACACCGAUAAACUGUGAACCUAUCAUCGAGGAGCCAGCCUCCCCCGAAUCAUCGAUAGAAUAUACAGAAAGAGAUAUUGAGGAUGCAUUUUACGAGGAGGAUCCUGACGAAAUCCCGGAAAUAAAGCUCAACAUCGAGGAAUUCACGACUAAUCUAAAGAGCUUCAUUCAAGGGAAUAAAGAAAUGCCAGAAGGUGAUAUGUCCAAAUCCAUAAUUGCACUUAGCCCCCGAGUUGCUUCUAUUCCCGCACCCAAACUGAAGCACGUUAGCCGACUGCGCACAGAACACCAAGUGUAUGAACUCCCGGAUUCACAUCCACUACUAGAAGGGAUGGAUAGACGAGAACCUGACGAUCCAAGUCCAUACCUUCUCGCCCUAUGGACGCCAGGUGAGACUGCAGACUCCACUCAGCUUCCGGAAGGUAAAUGUAGCGCUAAUGAAAGUGGCUCGUGCGACGACAAAACAUGUUUUUCAUGCAACAGCACGAGAGAAACACACGCUCAAACAGUACGCGGGACUAUUCUGAUACCUUGUAGAACCGCAAUGAGAGGUAGUUUCCCACUCAACGGGACAUAUUUCCAAGUCAACGAGGUUUUCGCUGAUGAUAAAACGAGCAAGGAUCCUAUUCACGUACCAAGAAGCUCGAUAUGGAAUUUAUCAAGAAGAACAGUCUUCUUUGGGACCUCGGUCUCAACUAUAUUCAAAGGUAUGUCGACGGAAGGUAUCCAGUACUGCUUUUGGAAAGGAUUCGUAUGUGUUAGAGGGUUCGACCAAAAAACUCGAGCGCCACGACCUCUGAAGGCGAGGUUGCAUCUUCGUGCAAGCAAGAUAGCAAAGAAGAAUGAGUGAAAACACAAGAUAAUGUAGAGCAAGCCACCAUCACUCCAAGAUCAAGAUGAUAGAAGAAGUGCAGUAGGAUAGCAUUAUACAUGACCAAUUCUUUCACAUUCUUGUUCUGGUUAGUGUCCAGACCACUUUUACACGUAUGCAGCAAGGAGAAAUUACUAGGAUAGAAUCUCAUUUCAUAGACAUAGUCAUUUUCCAACAUGUAGUUUUUCAUCUUUUCAAUAUAUGCUUGACAUUGAUAAUGAGCCAUUUUUUCAAAGGGGGAAUUAUUUGACAGAAAACAAUAAAUAAGAAAAUGUAACAUUAAAUCUUUUUUAAAUGUGAGUAUACUUUUCUAGCA